AUGAGCAGCCGUCUUGCCUCCUUCCGCGGCCCAUCCACGCCCAACUCUUCCCCGGUUUCGAAACCCAAGCAGCCGAACUCUCCCUCAUCGACGUCUCGUGGCCCCAUUGAAUCGCCGUAUCAUCGUAAACUGCGAUCUGCGCUGCAAGAUCUACGGGGGUGCACGAGAACAUGGGAUGAUCUCGUCCUGCACGACGGAUUGAAGGCGGCAAAGAAUCUGGUGGAUGCAAGAACAGAACUAGAUAAUACCCUUGCAUUCGUCCCAUCGGGGAGUCAACCCCAAUACCGAGUGGUCGGCCCCAAACUUGAGACCAUGGAGGAAAGCAUCAUCCAACUAGACACCGUCAUCGCCAAAAUGCGCAAACAAUUCCAAAAGAUGGUUGCCAUCGUCGACAGUCUAGAGGGCACCUUGUUGGAGGCUCAUAAGACGAAGGGAUGGAACUGGUGUUCGUCGGAUCCCCUUUGGGUGACUUGGCCUUUCGAGAAAUUCGUGACAUCUCUGUCGCAUUUACCAAAACACUACCACCGCUCUUUCGAAAUGCAUGUCGAACUCGUGAAUUCCCUUCGAAGCCAUUCUACUCCCUUUGACGUCUCUCGCGAAGUUAUCGCGCGAUGGGUCGCCCAACCAUACCUCGAAGAGCACAGCUGGGACGCAGAAUGGGAAGACCUUUGCGAGGCCGAGAUUGACCGCUGGACGUAG